AUGGCUUCCGACGGAGAGAAGGUUGAAUUGGAGGCUGUGCCCCUCAAAUCCGACACUGACGCUCCAGCUGAGCCUGAGACCAAGACUGAGGCUCCAGUUGCCCCAAAGAAGACAUGGUUCUUCUCGAAGAAAACCACGAAGAAAACCGAGGAAAACGAGGAGAAAUCGGCUGAAGAAGGGACUGCUGGAGAGGAGAAAAAGGAAUGCUGCAAGAAGAAGUGUUGGUGGCGUCGCGAGAAAGGAGAGAAAAGUGAAGAUCAACAGAAAGCAGAACAUAUCUCGAUUGGGAUCAAUUUGGUGGACAGAGAUGAGAAGCAAAUCAAUGAUCACGUCAAGUUCGGUUUCGAGGAUAUCUUUGGCGAGGCUGACUCGGCUCAUUCAUGGGAUUGCAUUUGGCGUUUAGUCUACCGAAUCUUCACAUGGACUCGUCUUUUCGUCUAUCGUUUGGGUGCUCUUUUGAUCGGUAUCCCAGCGGCAAUCGUGUUCGGCAUUCUUUUCGCGCUUUUCACUGUUCUCAACGUGUUCGCCUGUGUGCCACUGGGCAAAUUGUUGACCAUUCCAGCUACUUGGAUUGCUAAGACUUGGAAGUUCAUCAUCGAAGCUAUUUUGGACCCAGUUCACCGUUCGAUUGGACUCGUCUGGUCAAGGAUCACCACCCGAACCUACGGAAUCAACUCUCAGCCAACCGACAUGGCGAUCGCC